AUGACAAACGAUGCAAACUCGCGAAACACCUUGGACGAGGCCAAAGACACAUUCUUGGAAUUCCAAAGAACCCCCGCACCAAGCCAAGCUCUGGAAUGCCAAGAUGGUUCUGACAAGCGACCCGGCCUACCAAUUCGUCAUUCGUCCCCGAAGUGGAUGGUCAUCACGCGCAACUUGGAGAUGCUUAAUUCAGCCAAAGUGUCCCGGUUGCCCAACAUAUCGUACUACCGAUACAUGAACGUCCAGCAACGGUUCGAUACUGGCGCCCGAAUAAACGAAUUGGUAGCUAAGCCGAUGGAGAUACGCGCCAGGUUAUCCGAAAACACUGUCAUCCCGGCCAGUUACCAGGAGUUCCAGAUCAAGAGUAUGCUCAAACAGCACUUCCCGAAAGUCCUUAUUAAACGCUCGGAGAGGCUCCAACUAUUCUAUGACUCUCAGGAUUCGCACAUGAAUUAUCUUAAUUGGCGCGACGUUCGUGCCCGUACAACGUGUGUACGAAAUGGGGUAGAUUCUACAUUGAACCCACGGAAGAAGAUGACAGGCCCCGACUCACCGAGUCCCGGAGAUCUAGGCUACGCCUCAACUACAAUUGUUCGGGUUAUCUACAGGGCCAACAAGGCGUGCCCAGUAUUCAAUAUUGCUAAAGACAUGGUCAUGUCCCGUACUCGAAUGCAACAGUUUGUGAAUGGUGGUGUGCCCCAGGGUACCUUUGAGACUUGCUGUGGCUUUACUAUACAUCAAUUCCAGGGUGAUACCGAUGGGAAUAUAGGGGGGAGAUACUCGACGAUACGACAAGAGUUCAAGACCUUAUUCACGUGCUACGCCUUUUAUAUACCUUUGUGA